ACCUGGACCCGGCAGAUGGAUUUCAUGAUGUCCUGCGUGGGCUUCGCCGUGGGGCUGGGCAACGUCUGGCUUCCCUACCUGUGCUACAAGAACGGCGGAGGUGUCUUUCUGAUCCCCUACCUGCUCAUCGCGGUGCUGGGGGGGGUCCCCAUUUUCUUCCUGGAGAUUUCGCUGGGGCAGUUCAUGAAAGCCGGGAGCAUCAACGUCUGGAACGUCGCGCCCCUGUUCAAAGGCCUGGGCUUCGCCUCCAUGGUGAUCGUGUUUUACUGCAACACCUACUACAUCAUGGUGCUCGCCUGGGGCUGCUACUACCUGGUCAGCUCCUUCAGCGCCCCCCUGCCCUGGGCCACCUGCGGCCACACCUGGAACACGCCCGAGUGCGCCGAGAGCUUCCCCCCGCCGGGCUGCGCCGGCAACCUCAGCUGUGAGCCCGAGGGGCGCUCGCCCGUGCUGGAGUUCUGGGAGAACCGGGUGCUGCGGCUCUCGGGGGGCCUGGAGGUGCCGGGCGCCAUCAACUGGGAGGUGACGCUUUGCCUGCUGGGCUGCUGGCUGCUGGUCUACUUCUGCGUCUGGAAGGGCGUCAAGUCCACCGGGAAGAUCGUCUAUUUCACUGCUACAUUCCCCUACGUGGUGCUGAUCGUGCUCCUGAUCCGGGGGCUCCUGCUGCCUGGUGCCGGCGCCGGGAUCCUCUAUUAUCUCAAACCCGACUGGGCCAAGCUGGGAUCCCCCCAGGUCUGGAUCGACGCGGGGACUCAGAUCUUUUUCUCUUACGCCAUCGGUCUGGGCGCCCUGACAGCCCUGGGCAGCUACAACCGGUUCAACAACGACUGCUACAAAGAUGCCAUAAUCCUCGCCCUGAUCAACAGCGGGACGAGCUUCUUCGCCGGCUUCGUGGUGUUCUCCAUCCUGGGCUUCAUGGCGGCGGAGCAGGGGGUCGACAUCUCCAAGGUCGCGGAAUCCGGGCCUGGCCUGGCGUUCAUUGCGUAUCCCCGAGCUGUCACCCUGAUGCCCGUCGCUCCCCUCUGGGCAGCUCUGUUCUUCAUCAUGCUGCUGCUACUUGGACUGGACAGUCAGUUUGUGGGGGUGGAGGGUUUCAUUACAGGGAUCCUGGACUUGCUCCCGCCCAGCUGCUCCUUCCGGUUCCAGCGGGAGGUGACGGUCGCCCUGAGCUGCAUCCUCUGCUUCUUCAUCGACCUCUCCAUGGUCACCGAGGGGGGCAUGUACGUCUUCCAGCUCUUCGACUACUACUCGGCCAGCGGCACCACGCUGCUCUGGCAGGCCUUCUGGGAAUGCAUCGUGAUUGGCUGGGUGUACGGGGCCGAUCGGUUCAUGGACGACGUCGCCUGCAUGAUCGGCUACCGGCCCUUCCCCUGGAUGAAAUGGUGCUGGAUGGUUCUGACGCCCCUCAUCUGCCUGGGCAUUUUCCUCUUCAACGUUGCCUACUACAAGCCGCUGAUCUACAACCAGACCUACGUGUACCCGUGGUGGGGCGAGGCCCUGGGCUGGGCCUUCGCACUCAGCUCCAUGCUGUGCCUGCCCCUCACCGCCCUCGCCAAGCUGCUCCGCACCAAGGGGUCGCUGGCCGAGCGCUGGCAGCGGCUCACCCAGCCCGUGUGGGGGCUGCACCACCUGGAGUACAAGCUGCCCGAGGGGAACGUGGGGGCUCUGAGCAGCCUGAGCCCCCGCGCCGAGGACAUGGGGAAAGUCGUCAUCCUGGAGAGCGUCAUGUGACCCUGAGCCCCGCCCCCCCGUGCCGUGUGCCACUCAACUCAUCCAGCCGCUCCAUGGGGGGGCAGGACCCCUGCAAGCCAGCCCGGACGCCUGGGUUCUCCGGGCGGGGAGCUCCCCCGUUUGGCCCGCAGGCAGC